AUGCUCCUUCCCCAUCUUUGCCAACCACUUACCAUUUUGUGUUCAGGGUUACAGAUCUGCUGCCUGUCUGUCUUUCUAACUGGAAGCAUCCUGUUUUGUCCUUCAAAGGGGGUUCUGUUGAGUCAACUCAGUUGUGGAUUACACAGACUGUCUGCUAACCUUAAAGAUGGUGGCUCAAUGUCUACUAUGUUAAAGACGGAUGUAGCGCUGCUUACCUGUUUGGGUGAACAUGGCAGUGCUGUGCUGCACAACAGUCAUGAGCAGCUCUGGGAGCUAGUUUUCAAACUCUGGAUUUAUUUUACAAUUUAA